UGCUGCCUACGCCCCUGCAGAGCACUGGUGUGAGAGCCCCGCUCCUCCAGCGGUACUGUACUGUGUAUGGCCUGCUGCAGCUACAGCUACAACUCGUGGAGGCAAGAAUGACAGCGGCGCCCCCCCUCAUCAAGACAACCUGAUCGUAAGGGCGGAUCUGAUUCAUUUCUAUCUUUAAAAAUACCACAAUGAUGGCGCUGAUCAGUGCACCUUCACGGACACGAUUGAUCGUGGCUGCUUUUACAUUCGCUGCACUGUGGGGAUUUGCGCUUUCCAUCACUCGGUACUCUAUUCCGGAGGAGAUGGAAGAGGGCUCCUUUGUUGCCAAUCUGGCCACAGAUCUGGGUCUGGAUGUUCGCAGUUUGGUGAAGCGAAGAGCAAAGCUCGAUGUCAUCCACAGCAAGAAUUACUUUGACUUCAACAAAGAGACAGGGGAGUUGAUCAUCCGCGAGAAGAUGGACAGGGAGAGCAUAUGCAUGACUAAAACAACCUCGUGCUUUCUGAAAAUGGAUGUCAUCCUCGAGAACCCCAUCCGCAUUUUCAACAUCGAGCUGGAAAUCAUGGACAUCAAUGACAACGCGCCCGUGUUUCGCAGAAGGACGAUGCCCUUGGACAUUUCGGAGGCAACCCCUCCCGGUGAGAGGUUUUCAUUGACGAACGCCGUGGAUGCGGAUGUGGGGGCGAAUUCAAUCAAGACCUACUAUCUCAGUGAAAGCAAGUACUUCAUCAUCGAUAUACAAACUGGCAGCGACGGCUCCAAAUAUGUCGAUUUAGUCCUCAGUGGUCAUUUGGACCGAGAGGAGCAGGCAGUACAUAAUUUGAUUUUAACCGCUGUGGAUGGGGGGGUGCCUCCCCGCUCUGGCACAGCCAGCAUCAUCAUUAAUGUGCUGGAUAUCAAUGACAACGCCCCCCUGUUCAGUCAGCCGGUAUUUGCAGUCAACGUCUCAGAGAACUCGGCUGCAGGGACGGUGGUCAUGACCUUAAACGCAUCAGAUUUGGAUGAAGGCACAAACUCCCAGUUAACCUACUCAUACACACUGUACACCUCAGAGAAGACCCAGGAGCUCUUCUCUCUCGACCCAAACUCAGGUGAAGUCAAGGUGAAGGGGGUGAUCGACUAUGAGGAGAGUCAAAGUUUUGAGAUGCACAUACAGGCUCAGGACAGGGGGGCGAACCCGCUGUCAGGACACUGUAAAGUCAUGGUGUUCAUCAUAGAUCUGAAUGAUAACUACCCCGAGGUGACCAUCAAGUCUCUGAAGAGUGCCCUGAGUGAGGACGUCUCUGUGGGGACGCUGAUCGCGGUGGUCAGUGUCAGCGACAGGGACUCAGGAGUCAACGGGGAAGUGCAGCUCACCUUGAAUCAUCAGCAAACCUUACCAUUCAUGCUGAACAGAUCGUCAGAGGGUUACUACGAGCUGCUGGUGUCAAAGCCACUGGACAGAGAGAUAGUAAGCAAAUAUGACAUCAUACUGAGGGUGACAGACAAAGGCUCGCCGCCCUUAUCCGAGAACGAGACCAUCACUUUAGAGAUUCUGGAUAUCAAUGACAAUGCGCCCGCGUUCUCCCAGUCCUUCUACACUAUCCAUGUUGUAGAGAAUAACGUACCAGGGGCGUUACUGACAUCUCUGAGCGCAUUUGACCCAGAUCUCAAUGAGAACCAGUACUUGGUUUAUUUCAUAAUGGAGAAGGAGAUUGUUAACACGUCUAUGUCGAUGUUGUUCUCCAUCAACCCUGAGAACGGAGAUCUUUAUGCCCUGAAGACCUUUGACUAUGAGAGAGAGAGGGAUUUCCUCUUCCACAUCGAGGCGAGAGACUCUGGUGUUCCCCCGCUGAGCAGCAAUGUGACAGUUCACAUCAUCGUUCUGGACCAAAACGACAACACUCCUCUCAUAGUGUCACCUUGGCGGGCGCAGGGCUCUGUAGUGGAGGAGGUGAUACCCAGGUCCACAGAUAAGGGGCACUUGGUCGCCAAAGUCAUUGCCAUUGAUGCGGAUUCUGAGCAGAACUCCAGGGUCACGUACCAGCUCCUGCAGAUCAGUGAUGCCAGCCUCUUCAGCCUGGAUCAGUACAACGGUGAAAUCCGGACAACAAGGAUGUUCAGUUACAGAGACCCCAGACAACAGAGGCUUGUGAUUGUUGCCAAAGACAAUGGAGAACCCUCCCUCUCUGCUACUGUCACCAUCAAGAUAUCAACGGUGGAACACGUCAUGUCCUUCUCAGAGACGACAGAGUUGCCGCUAGAAUAUGACGUCUUCACUGACCUAAACUUAUACUUAGUAAUCGGUUUAGGAGCAGUGUCGUUUCUGCUACUGAUAACCAUCUUGGUUAUCAUUGUGCUGAAGUGUCAGAAACCAAAGCCGAAGGCCAUCAAGAUCCCUCCGGCCAAUAGGAACAGCGUGAUCAGCAGGAACAGCGUGAUCAGCCAGAGAAGCUCCACCAUCGCAGAUUCCACCCUGAUCUCCAGCGAUGCCUACUGGUACAGUUUGUUCCUCGCAGAGACCCGGAAAGGCAAAGUGGUGGUGAGACAGCCCAUCAUCCCAAAAGGGGCUGGGUAUUUUGUGUCCAGUAUACCCAGGAGCAUAGGGCCAAGUGAGACCACGGACUCCAGAGCGUCCACACUGGAGUACUCAAAAUGAAAGGAAGUCCAUUCUACAACUGGAGCAGGAACCCAGAAGAGAACUGCCAUGAUGUAACCAUCCCGUCGUGGGAGUCCCUGGCUGGGAUUCUUCCCUGUGACUCACAAAGAAGAUGUUAAACAACUGUCCUCCCUCAGCCGCUCUGCUCCAACUCCUCUUCCUCUCUAUAGCUCCUUCAACCCCCCCCCCCCCCCUACAAACAUCGACCACUAAUCACCUCAGCUUUGUACCGUUUAUUUCUCUCUUUUAAGCAUGAAUCUGCAUGAUUCUACAACAUGUUCAACAUAUUUGGACGUAGAAUUGAAAUCAUCUACAGCCAAUUAUCUGGACAUUACUACAGAGGCCUCAUGUAGUGAAUCAUCCCCUCCUCCUUAAUGCUUUGAAGCUCCUCGAUGGACAGAUCUGCCUUCUCUACAGGGUUUACGCUGUGCUGUAGUUGUAGAAACCAUCAGUAGCUCUCCAUAAACAUAAGUCGCCAUCAUGCAACAUUUCCUAAGCAAAAGCUCGAAACACGUCUACGUAUAAAUACACAUAUGAAUCAGGGUAAAUAUGAUUCUUCCAUAAAUCUGUUAAAUACUGAAGUGUAGCUGGUUAUGUCAUUGAUUCAGGCUUUGCACUAGGUGUUUUUAUUUUUAUUUUUUAAAUAGAACAUUUCUACUAUAUUAUGAGUCUUGCUGUUGAGCAAAGCUCAGACUGUCAACUAAUAACUUUCCAAUGAAAAUAAUCAGUGAUUCAAUUUUAGAUUUUUCUUUUUUUACAAUGUUUGUUGUACUCAACAGUGAUGAAUGUGUGAAAAUGACAAAAACAGAAUGAAAGAAAAGAAAACUGAAAAAAACAAACAAACAUAGGAGAUUCUCUGUUUCUCGUUUGAUUUGAUUGUAGAUACUGUAGUUCUAUAGAAUUUCGACACCUUCACGAACAUCAGGUGUGCGGCUCAAACUUUAGAGACAUCUGUAUCUGACUGGACACAGUUUUCUGGCUGCAGUAGAGAAACCACAACAACAACAACAACAACAACAACAACAACAACAACACUGCAAUAUUGACUUUCAGACAACAACAAAAAGUAUCUGAAACAUGUUGAAAAUCCAAAGUGUUUCAGUCAGUCUCCUGUUGUUGGGCUGAGUGAGUGGAGGUGCAUGGGAGGAGGCGUGUCCUCAGGUCUAAUUUUUAUUCAGUGGUACUCUGACAUCACAGACUGGGGCGGGGCCUGAAUGGGCAUCAACCAAAACAUUCGAACAAGGUAAACCACAAUCUUAAAAACAGGGUCGAACAUCGAGUCACUUUUCUUUGUGACAAGAUUUUACUGAUCACACGUAUAAGCUAUCAUCUCCUCAGCUUAAUUCCAACUGACUUUUCCCAGGUUGAUAAAACUGGUGAUUUAAAACAUUUAUUUGCAUUUACUUAUUGCACUCAGUGCAAAUUAUAUUAAUCAAUUUAAAAAAAAUUAUUGAAAUUGCAGUGGAAUUAAAAAAAAACAAUUUUUUAAUGACAAAUUCUUUGUUUAUUGAAAAGAGCAAGAAUAUUAAAAUGUAUUUAUCUUUGCCAUGGUACAAGGGAAUUUAAGACAAGGUGUUGUUUUAUGAAUUUUCAUGUUUUUAUAGAUAUUUUAUGUGUUAACUUUUAAUGCUGCUUUUGUGAGCUUCUUUAAAGGCUUUUUUGUGUUGCAUUUGUAGUUUAGUGCUUAUGAUGUUGUUUUGAUAGUGUACAUGACUUAAACUAAAACUAGGGUACCUUUCUUGACCUCAAAGGUAGCGCUGUUGCACUACUGUGAAGCCCAGGAAUUUCAUUUCUCAGAAACAGGGAGUUUAUUAGGACUCACUCAUUAGGGUGCUAAAUUAUUAAAUCUAAUUGGUGAAGAACGAACACUGCGGAUCACAUAGAGAGUGCAUAGACAGUAUAGAGCGGAUGACAGCACUUUGAAAUAUGGACCGAAUCUAAAUGUGAUCGCGGCACUCGGAUGAGUCGAGAUGCAAAUUGUGAGUCAGUGAAAUCCAACCUCUCUCUUCCUCUCGCACUGUUACACCAGGCUGCUCAGACAUAAACACAGCUGGCUGUCUGUCUGUCACUUCAUGAGGGAUCUCUUGCUGUGGAGAACGUGUUGUGUGUGCAAUCGUUGCCUGAACCAGUCGAUUCCAACAGGGUUUCAAGAAUUAAUAAAUUGCACAUAUGAUGAGCUCCUUGUGUGCCUUCUGCAUUGUAAACGAUAUACGUGACUGUUGAUGAAUGAAAUAAUGGCAUUUCCUACAGUAUUACAAAUUACAGUUAUCCCCACUGAGAAAUACCACCGUGAAUUGUUGGAGUUGUUGGAACGGGACGUUCCACUCAGAACCAGUAGAUUUCUGUAAAUUGAACUGCUUUAUACUUUGUGUUUUUUAUACAGUAGACUUUUUUAACAUCUUCUGUAUUCACUGUGAUCGAAUGGCACAGGAGGUGCUUGUGCUUGGUAUCGUAAAAAGUGUGUUAUUUCUCAUGUGUGUACACAGCUCAGUUUUUUUUCCUUUCUGCUGAUUUGCCAGUCAGAUUGUACAGUGUGCUUCGAGAGUUGCAUCAAAUGUAAUCCGGCUCCAUCCCACUUAGUGGAUCAAAGACAGUAUGGGAGAGAAUGGCCUUGCUUUAUUUUCAAGUCUAGUUAAUUGUCAGAUUUUGAUGUUGCUUAUUUGGCUUAAAUGUUCUGCCUGAUCAUGCUAGUUUGAAUAAAGCUUUUUAAUCUGUC